CAUCAUCUCGCGCUCAAAGCAAAAACAGCGGGAAAGAAGAUUCAGUCCACAAUAUUGCUAAUCAUUUGUGCUGGUUUGUGUAAAUAAAGUCUUACAGUAAUUUUACCUAAUUAAUAACCCGUAAUAACCUUAGGGUAAUAACAUACUUUGGCAGAAGUGAUUUGGGUGCUUUUCUGGACUGGAGUUGAUCGAUACCCGUGGAGAGAUAUCGUGAGAGUUGGAGAAUGGCCGCUGCGGGCAGAAAACAGAACAAGAAGACCAAGCAUGCGGACGGCUCGACAGACCUGAAGGCGUUUGACUUUACCGUUCUGGAGGAAAAGAAAGGAAGCGGAUCUGACGAAGACACGAGAGAUGAUGAAACUCCAAUCAUUGACAAGCUGAGCAAGAAAAGAUCUGCAGAUACGUUUGACGACGAAUUAAAUGGUGGUGUGGGGAAUGAGGUUCAAACUAUGCUGGAAAGAUUUGGUGCGGACAUCAGCAAGGCUAUGCAGACCAAAAGGAAACGCCUGGAGGUUCUCACCAAAAACUCCCUAAAGGGCAGCACUCAGAAACUGGAGCAGAUGUGGAAAACCCAGCAGAAUCAGAGGCAGAAGCUGACUCAAGAUUAUUCUCAGCAGGUGUUUUCUGUGCUGCAGCAGUGGGAGAGUGAUGUCCAGAAAUCUGAGGAGCAAGAGGAGAAACUCAAUAAUUUGUUUCGCCAGCAGCAGAAGCUCUUCCAGCAGGCAAGGGUUGUGCAAAACCAAAAGAUGAAAACCAUCAAAGACCUGUAUGAGCAGUUCGUCAAGAACAUGGAGGAGAUGGAGAAAAGCCAUGAAGCCUUCCUGCAGGGCACGCAGAUGGAGCUUCGGAAGGAAAUGGCUCUUUUGCAGAAGAAGAUUAUGAUGGACACACAACAGCAGGAGAUGGCCACUGUCCGCAAGUCUCUUCAGUCCAUGCUGUUCUAAACAUGUCUUUCUGAUGUGACUUGAACCGUUCAUCUGAUGA